AUGAGCGCAGGAGGUGCCGAGAGCGCUGAUGUGCGGCGGCUCCGCUCUGAUCCCGAGGAAAGGGCUCGGGCAGAGCGGGAAAAGCGUCCUUACCCCUGGGAGGGGAGGGGAGGCCGGGGACAGCACCUGCGGCCCUGCGGGGGUUUACUAGAAAGCAGUACAAGGCUAAAACCUCAUGAAGCUCAAAGCUACAGAAAGAAGGCAUUGUGGGUUUCCUGGGUCUCCAUUAUUGUCACACUGGCUCUUGCAGUGGCUGCAUUCACUGUCUCCGUAAUGAGAUACAGUGCAUCAUCAUUUGGAUUUGCUUUUGAUGCUACGCUGGAUGUUUUGUCAUCAGCGAUAGUUCUGUGGCGUUACAGCAACGCAGCUGCUGUGCAUUCUGCACACAGGGAGUACAUAGCUUGUGUUAUCUUGGGUGUCAUAUUCCUCCUGUCAUCUAUAUGUAUUGUGAUCAAAGCCAUCCAUGAUCUUGCGAAGAGGGUGCUUCCAGAAGUGGAUGACUUCCUGUAUAGUGUCUCUGUUUUAAGUGGAAUCCUUUGCACUGUCUUGGCAGUCAUCAAGUUUAUGCUGGGAAAGGUCCUUACAAGCAGAGCGCUGAUAACUGAUGGCUUCAACUCUCUUGUAGGUGGAAUAAUGGGAUUUUCCAUCCUUCUUAGUGCAGAAGUUUUUAAACACAAUUCUUCUGUCUGGUACCUGGAUGGCAGUAUAGGAGUUUUAAUUGGACUUACAAUAUUUGCCUAUGGAAUCAAGUUGCUCAUCGACAUGAUCCCCCGCGUCAGGCAAACACGCCACUAUGAAAUGUUUGAGUGA